GUGCGUCGCGACUCUAGCUGCCACGCGGUUGUCUAUCAAUCUAUUGUCUCACAAUCGGAUUUCCCUAUCUUCCUGUUAGUAAUCAGUGAGACCGAUCGUAUCUAUCGGUAUCCGAUCUUUUCUCCUUUCUGCUCUCUUUUUCUCUUAUCCUCUCUCUCUCUCUCUCUUUCUCUCUUUUCUUUCCCUUCUAUCUGUCUUUCUUGCAUUAUCUAUUUUAUUCUCUUUCUCUUUCACUACUUCUCUCUCUCUCUCUCUCUCUCUCUCUUUUCCUUUCUCUCUUUUAUCUCUGCGAAAAAGAUUUCCACCAUUUGAUUCGUCGCCGCCGCGCUAUCAAGGUCGGGUCUUUCUCUUUGGUCCCCGGUACCGUGUCAUCCUCGUCGAUCAUGAUACGCAGCGUGCCGUUGAGCGCCGCUUGAGUGUCGCACGUCAAGGUGUCGCCCGUGAAAAACGUGCCCUCGUGCAGUGUGUGAACGCUGGUUCGCCCUCCAACGGCGGGCGAACCGCGUCCGGUGCGCGUCAGCCUAACGCGUUUCCGCGGCGCACCGUGUACCCCAUUUCCGUGAUUUUCACCUUGCGGAGAAUGUAAACGCGCGUGGUCUUGUCGGACGGGCUCCACCCCCAUCCGCCCUUUUCAUGCUUCAAUGAGGAUUUAGGAUAUAGGUUCGCAUCCUCGAAUUAUCGGUGGGAAUGGAACGUCGUGACGUCAUACUGACAGCAGUUUUUGGAACACUCGGAGCUCUCGUAAUUUUAUUAGGACUCGCACUGGCGAUGUGGCUUUAUCUACGCGCUAGGAAGUCCAAGCAGCAGGAUGACGAUCUCGAGGAUCAGAAUGAAAAUGGCGAAGGCUCGAGCCAGCAACAACAGUCUACCAAGAAAAAUGGCUUUUUGAAUCUGAAGACACCUCUCAUCAGUACGAAGGCUCUUGGGACGACCGGUAGUCCCGCCAGCAAAUCGCCGGCAGGUGGUAGCGGUGGACCCACGAGCGGCGGCGGAGCCGCGGGUGGAACGGCGGCGCCAGGUAGCGGCGCCAGCAAUGCCGGAAGCGCGGAACCCCGUACACCAACCGCCGGACCGCAAAACAAGCAGUUGCAGAACGUCAAGGGAGAACACCCCUCGAAAGCGUUUCUACAAAGCAGGUCUAUUUCCCUGGUCGACAUGUACAUCGAUAAUUCGGAGCCGAGCGAGAACGUCGGCCAGAUCCACUUCAGUCUCGAGUAUGACUUCCAGAACAGCACGCUUAUUCUGCGCAUCAUACAGGGUAAAGAUCUGCCGGCGAAGGACUUGUCAGGUACUUCCGAUCCGUAUGUCCGCGUGACGUUACUACCGGACAAGAAACACCGACUCGAGACAAAAAUCAAAAGACGCACAUUGAACCCGAGAUGGAACGAGACCUUUUAUUUCGAAGGUUUCCCCAUACAGAAGCUGCAAAGUAGAGUACUACAUCUGCAUGUCUUCGACUACGAUCGAUUCUCAAGGGACGACUCCAUAGGGGAAAUGUUUCUGCCGCUUUGCCAGGUCGAUUUAUCGGAAAAACCAUCGUUUUGGAAGGCUCUUAAACCACCAGCUAAGGAUAAAUGCGGAGAACUUCUGUGUUCGCUGUGCUAUCAUCCGAGUAAUUCCAUAUUGACGUUGACUCUCUUGAAGGCGAGGAAUCUUAAAGCCAAGGAUAUCAACGGGAAAUCAGAUCCGUAUGUCAAAGUGUGGCUGCAGUUUGGCGACAAGAGGAUCGAGAAACGCAAGACUCCGAUCUUCAAAUGCACUUUGAAUCCAGUAUUCAACGAGGUAUUCUCCUUCAAUGUACCAUGGGAGAAGAUUAGAGAAUGCUCUUUAGAUGUAAUGGUGAUGGAUUUCGACAACAUUGGACGAAACGAACUGAUCGGUCGAAUUCAGCUCGCAGGGAAAAACGGAAGCGGCGCGAGUGAAACGAAGCAUUGGCAGGAUAUGAUCACAAAGCCGAGACAGACUAUCGUGCAAUGGCAUCGCUUGAAGCCUGAGUAAAGGGGACGAGGCUUACCUUGAUCGACGAUAAAUGAUAUUCUAGUCGAGCGAGUCCCUUCCUCCCGUACUCUUCCCAUAUGCACCGCGCUCAUCAAAGUUACGCUAACGAGGCGACCUUUUCCUUUGCUCGAUAAUCCCGUAACAGGUAUUUUCUCUCCUCUCUGUACCAUUCAACGAGACUGUGCUGUAUGUAUUCCCCCCACAUCGCACUUAUCGUUUGGGCACUUAGCGACGCUGGUCGUCGAAUAGCCGUGCCGAUCGAAUCGUUAAUCGCGAUUAAAACAAAAGGCAUUUUUGAAGGCGUUAUUGCUCGUUGUUGCGAGUCAUCGUAUUAACGAGUAGUAAUGACGAAAAUUGUCUUACCGUUGGUAAAACGAUGAAACUUCAAACAUUUCGGCGCGAGACGGAAUGUUCUAAACGCAUCGUUCGAUACCGUCGAGAUAAGCCACGCUUUCUCAAAUUUCUCGAAGAAAAUUAUUAGUCGAUGGCGCUGAUGACGGCGCAUCAAAAAAAGGAAGAGAAUACCAUAGCUACGAACGAAACUCGGUCUUCCGCCGUAGCAAAAUCGGGAAGCUUUUUACGUCAGGCGUCGCUCUUUUUAUUUUCAUCAUCUCCUCUCCUUCCCUUCUCUCCUUCUGUUUUCAUCUCGUUGCCGCCUGGUGCGGUUCAAUAACUACGAAAAAUUUUGCUGUGAAUACCUAAUCUCAGUUAUUUGCUCGGGAACGGGCUUCAAUCUGGACAGGCGGAUGUUUAAAUCUUUUAGACGUUGUUUAAGCGUCUUUCACAGACGUCUCUUUACGGGCUUUUGUAUUAUAUGUUUGCGUCUGCGCGCUCUUGCGGCAAGAUUAUAUCAAUGAAUCAUGCAGACUCUAAAAUUAAAGGGGCAAGUAAGAGAGCAAAGAGAUACAUCGAUAUCUUACAAAGGGGAAGCGUUAGUUUUGUGAGUGAACUAUAUAGUGUUAUUCUAGCACACGUGAUAUCAAGUUAGUGAUGCGCAGUUUUCAGUAAGAUUCGUUCGUUGAUGGUGUUUGUAUAAUAUUAAAUUUAAAAUCACUGUGAUCAUUAAUUCAAGAUUAAAGGCGAUAAAAUCGUGCAACGAUACCUAUUGCCUUCUUUUACUUGCCCCUUGGACCGUCUAGUUAAAGAACAUUAUUUCGCGCCAAGAAGCGGAACCUGAAAUAGCAAGGUUUUGAUGAACUUUCUGAAACGAAUACCAUUUCAGCAUAAUAGCGACAUGUUAUAAAUCUGCAUACGCAUUCGUAAUAUUUAUAUUUACGAACGUUAUUAAACGUUAUUAUACGCAUUUUUAGAAUUACAUGACCAGAAUAUACCGAUACGUAAGCGAGAGACACGCGUGUGUUUGCAUCUCUGUUAUAUUUGUAAAAUUCAUCUUUUUCAAGAACUCUCCGUGAUUAAAAAUUCUGGCAAGGUAAGAAAAAAAGAUUACAAAAAACAAAUAUACAUGCGUACACAUUUACAUUUUCUGUAAAUAUAUCUUUUUUUUAUUUACUUUUUCUUUUUUAUUUUGGAAAUUAUAUCUACAGAAAAUUUUCCAAAAAUCUCUGACAUAUUUUUAGGCACGAUCAAGUAAAUUUUAUAAAAAAAGACUGAAGAAAGUUUAGAACUAUCUUUUUUUUUUUUUUUUUUUUUUGUUCAAAUGCAUGCAGUUUUAAAUUCUUCAGAUUUCUUCAUCGAUUACAUCAAUUUGCAUAUAAAUGCAAAAAUUUGGACAAAUUUAAAAACAUUUUCUAUUAAUAACAUAUUCUAUUUUGUUUUAUUGUAUAUAUAAUAUUAUAUAUUUUUACAUAUAUAUUGAUCGUAACUAAAAACAUUUCAAAGUAAAGUAAGUUCCGCAAAUGCAUCCAAACCUAUGUCAAAUGUGGCUUUUAGGAUUACUUUUGCUAACAAAGUUUUAAAACCGAACGAUCCCAUCAAAGCAAAUUUUGCUUACCGUUGCGUACAAGCGAUCACUUUUAGGGAUAAUCCGAUUUGAUAGAUUAUCUCUAAUUUUUCUACUUAACUUUGCUCUCGAAGAUAUUCUGACUGUACUCUCCGAUGUAAUCUUUUUUUUUCCACAAAAUAGAAUACAUGAUUAGUACGAUAAUAUUGGUUUUGACGCAAGCGACGUAUCGGUAGAAUUAUUAAAAUAGCAUCAGCUUCUUCAUCGAGAAGUCGAACGUUGGUCAAACGAAAAAAGUACAGAAUAUUGUAGUAGUUUCCAACGUUGAUAUUUUUGUGAUGUAGAAGACGCCGCUUCGAAGCUACGAGGAAGAAUGGGCAAGACAAAUAUAAAUUGUAACGUAAAAUUGUUAUCACAUGCAUACAACAUACACAAAAUACACACCAGAGUGUGCCCUUCCUCAUGGGUAAAUACACUUCGCGAUAAUCCCUAGAAAACAAGCGAUGUUCUUGUAGGGAUGGGCAAUAAUUAGUGAGUAACCAGUCGUUUUAACCAUAACGAGCGAUAAUUAAAAUUGUGAAGAUUUUACGGGAUGCUUAAAAAGGAUUUUUAAAGUUGAUAUAUGAAAAAAAAAAUAUUUGAAAGAUAAAUAAAAAAAUAGAAUUAAGAUAACGAAUUUGAUAACAUCUGGAUGAAAUAUUCGAAAGGAAUGAAAUAAACGCAUAAGAAACGAUAGUAGAAUGUUCGCUUCAUUUUAUACGAAUUUUAAAUUUUUAUUCUCAGGGCAAAAGCGAUAGCUAAAUAACUAUUGAAUAAUUGGCAUGCAUACCAUUAGAAUCAAGGAAGUUGCUAUCAAGACGCUACUACUCGACGUGACUCCGCUGCAUUUCGUUUAGCAUAGUUUAAUCAAUGUCGAUCUCUCGCGCGAUCAGUGUUGACGCACAAGUGUUAGAAUUAAAAAAAAAACAGUAUUUUAUUAACGACUGGUUAACGAAAAGUGAAUAAUUAGUUGUCGAGACGAUUGAUUAGUUUCGCCCGUCCCUACUCUGUUGUUAGAUACGCUUGGCUAGCAUUGAUCGCGAUUACCGAAGUAAUCCUACACAAAUUUCUUUGUGGCUUUCAAUUAUUAACUAAAGCUCGAUAAGAAAAGGGAAAGAGAUAUUUUUGACGGCACUUUUGUAUCGAUAAAGAAUCAGGGCUUUAUUUGCGGGAUUACUCGCUCUAAAAAGAGCGCAAUCAGUGCAUCUAACGCAUCGAAUGAAAAGAAAGGUAAAAAAACGAUAAUGUUACGUUAUACCCGAUAGUCUGCUGUUGUUAACAAUAAUAUAGAGACACACGAGACAAAUUCAUUUGCGAAUUUGCUCGGUACACUCUGGAAAGUGUACGCCGUUGAUGUAAAAAAAAGAUGAAAAAAAAAAAAACAGAAAAAGAAAGGACGAACAAUCCAUGUUACAUUUAAAAAAAAAAAAACAAGUUUUAGCGUUAAGUGUUAUUCGCAUCUGGAAAAUUUCUCAGCGGAAAGUAUCUCUAUUGUUAACAAAGUUACCGGAUAAGACGCUAAAUGUGAAAUGAGAAGAUUCAGCUAACACUCUUAAAUCACUUCGAAAGCAAGUGGUACGAGAUCCUACGAUUCCAUUGGAGAAAAUUGGAUGCAUUUCAUACAUUCGCUCGCUCAAUUAUAAUCUUUAGUUUUUCUAAAUUACAAUCGCAACAAUGAUGAUAAUAAUAAAAAUAAAAAUAAUAAAGUAUUUAAACACAUGUAGAGGCGAGUUUAUUCACAAAUGUGAAGUUUACCGAUUUAUUUGCAAGCACGCGAAUUUUCUCGCAGCGACGUGUGUAUGUAUGUAAAAAAUUUUACUAAUGAGAAAGUUUUCCUUUCCAUCGAGAAACUUUCCGGACGCGUAUGCCGCUCUUAGUGACGUUUCCUCGCGUACGAACGGGAUAUAUCGCAAAUUGCGGAGUGUCGCGAGAUCGCGAUUGAUUUGACAGCACAGUUCUUUUUUUUUCGAGUGUACGUUCGACGUGACGAAACAGGAAUAUCGUUAUUAAGGGGUUUACUUAUACCCAUCUACUUAUCCAUCUAUCUACUCCCCCCUUCCCCAAUUCCUUUUCCCGUCCCUUCUUCCUUGCCUUCCUUUUGCAAUCACGACAAAUGCAUCCCGGAAAUAUUUUUACAUUUAAGCGUUACAUAUUUGGAUCGAAGGUGUUACCGAUUUUUCGUAAUUACAAUAGCCUUCUAGCGCGUACGCGCAGAAGAGAAAAAAUACCGUAGAAAUUAGUGAAACACGGAGAGCGAAUAUAAAAAAUAGUUUAUAUAUAUAUAUAUAUAUAUAUAUAUAUAUAUAUAUAUAUACAUAUAAAUUUGUGCGAGCAAAUGGUUAUAUUGGUAUAGUAUUAAUUAUGCGGAAGUAUAUUGAGUAGCACAAAAGAUUAGAUUAAUAUUUGUAUGUUGUAGUCUGUAUACAUUGUAUAUAAGAGUGUUUCCCGGUUUACGUAUCACGUUAAAAUGAUGGUAUUUACAGUAACACAUGAACGCUUGCAAAAACAAAGUUUGUCAUUGCGAAAUUUUAAUGCACGAGACCGCUCCUCUCCCUUUUAUCCUUAAAAAAUACCGUUGUUCCUGUCGAAGAGAGAUACAGGCACGAUCCUCUCUCUCUUUCUCUCUUUCUGUCUUUUUUUUUAUUGUGUUAUUUUUAGAUAUUUUUUUCUAUGUUAUUCUGUUAGGAGAAAUUUUAAUAGAGAUUUAAUCGAGAUGCGCGCGAAAUCUAUUGUAUCUUUUCGUUAUUCUUUCCUUUUUAUCUUUUUGAAUAAUUUUAUCUUCUUGAAUGCGAUUACAAUACAUUCGAGAUCGUUAGUUUGCUGUAACGAUUCAGACGCUUCUUUAUUGUUUAUCCACCAAGACAGCGAUUCUGGCCACUUUUAGAAAAGGUGAUUAUUACAAUGCAAAAAUAUAUAACACAAGGUGCCAAAAAUGAAUAUAGAAUACAUAAGAUCACUUUUUCGCGCAAACGAUCACGUCAUGCGAGUCGUGUAUACGUUGCAACAAAGACAUAGGAGAGAGAUAAUUAGGAUACGCGCGAUUCGAUUAAGGGGAAUUAGAUGGGUAUCUGCAUUCUAAUCCUUUAUAUGGGAAUAAUUCAAGAUGUACAGAACGAGGUACUCGCGAUGUAUCAUAUUCUUCAAAUUGUUUUGUAUUUUUUCCUAUGAUUUUUUACUGCGCUUUGUUCAAAUUUUUUCUAUUGUAUCUAUAUUUUAAUGCAAAUAUUGCGCUCGAAUACAUGAAAAUCUGCUCGAGUUUUCUACGAAGAUUAUUCGAUAAAUGUAUCGACGAAAAAUUGUAGUCAGUAAACGGAAAUCUGAGAGUACUUCGAGAGUACUAAUGAAAUCAAUUUAAUAGUAUUUAUUAUAUGUUUCUCAUUUAAUCACUGAAUCUCUCUCGUUCGAGUAACUUUGCAGAUAGCAAAAAUAGUCAUCUUAAUGUAAUUUGAUGUUAAAGUGAUUAUUUUUAUUACCUGCCAUUAGUAUAAAAUAAUUUUGCCGCGCUAACGAUUGUCUAAAAAUUGAUGAGGAUUCAUAACUAAUUGUUGCUAUAACGUCGCGAAACGUCAGAUAAUUUAUCGAGACUUAUUAACUAGACUUAAAAACAUAUUGAUCUUGCUCUCUACGUCUUUCAAUUAAUAUAUAUAUCUCGAUUUGCUUUUUUUCUUAAGCUUUUUGCACACAGAAAGAACCGUAAUACUUCCUGCGAUGAUUCGUUCUCCACUUUGCCAUUCAAUAUCUUGAUAGCAUCGUAUCUUUCUGAGAGUCUCUCAUUAUUACAUUUUAUUUCUUUCUUCAUUUGUCGCAUCCGAUCCCAUCCUCUUUACAUUACCAUGGUUUUAACGUUUGUUAUAGACUGGGUUGAACGUGUAAUGUUUAAGUACUUAGUCUUAAAGCGAAAUGUCGUGUGUGUUAGGCGUACUGUAAUCCGUAUCGUGAUACAUAUAUGUCGAAGUCGUAGUCAUAGCGUAAUUUAGUUGAAGAUAAGCUGAAGGAGGAGGGUGAAAGAGUAAACUAGCGAAGCGAUUGCCGGCAAGUAUGACCGGUUCGCGACAGGCUUGUGGGAUACACAUUAUAUAGUUUUAAGUACUUAACGGUGAGAAAAAAAAAAAAAAAACAAGAAAGGAACGAAGAGAAGUACCGCUAGCAAAAUAGUGUAUGCUCGAUAAUCCGAUGUGGAAAGUGUGACGUGGGCCUUAUAUCAUGGAUUACCUCAAUUGUAAGCAGCUUAAAAAAAAAAAGAAAGAAAGAAACGCAGUUUUUUUCGUGCACUUGAAACCGAUGUCGAAACCGAUCUCGAAGCGAGAGAAAUGUACCGUGUGAUUCGUACUAGAUAUUAAAAAUAAAGGAGCCAUUCUACCUUCCGAUAGUAGUUCGCUGUUGCACGACAUACUCCCUACUGCGUUAUCAUGCCAAUCGAGAAAUCAGAUAUUUUAUUUUCUCGUUCUUUGUACUCGGCGAAUUUUUCUACCGUUUAUUAUUAUUAUUAUUAUUACAUGUCUAUUACUGUAUUAGGAUGAAGAGAGGGAAAGAAAUGAAGAAAUUCUUAGCGCUAUAUAUUUUUAAUUAUCGAGUUUAUUAAAAUAAAGUCGAUAUGAAGAAUUAACCGAAAAAUAUAUGCUUUAAUAAGCUCUUUAAAGUUUUGGUUUGCAAAAGUCUUUUAGGUAAUGCUACAAUUAAUUAAGAAGUUGAAGCUCUUAUAUUGUAUUCGAACCUAAUUUAGAUAAAUUCAAUUUGAUGACCAGAGAGUUAAUUUCUAUUAAAACGAUUUAUCGAAUGCAAAGAAUUAAAGAGCUGCUUGAUAAAAUAUACAUUUUUAAAAGUUUGUAAUGCGCUUAAGUAAAAAAUGGCUGUUUGUAAUCAUCCAGAGCCAUACGAGAGAAGGAAAAAGUCCUCAUCCGGAUUAUAUUUUAAUAAAUAAAACUUCUCGUAGUUUUAUACAUUGGACUUUUGCCAUUUUUGUAAAAAACAUUCUUGGAAUAUAUGUAUUUCUGUGUUUCAAAAAUGUUUUUUUAGAAGCUGGAUUUAUAAAUUAUUUUUUGAAGCAUUAAUAAAUUAUUCUUUUGUUUGAUAAUCAAAUUUGAUUAUCUUUUGAGACAUUAGUACGCAAACUUAUCAGAAAAACUCAAUUUAUCUUUAUUCAUGACUUUUUUUAAAGUAACUAAAAUAGCAAGCAAAAAAUACUUAAUUGAAUUCCCUAAAAAGUUUAGAGAUUUGUAUGAUGAUUUGUGUUAAUUACAAUCUAGAUAUCAACUGAGAACAUAUUCGUGUUACUUUAAAAACAAAAUGUAAAUUAAUAUACCACUUACUUUCCGUUCCCUGUAUUCUUUGUCAAACGAUGCGUUCUGCGACAGUGAACUAGCAACAUAUCUUUGCAUACAUGUAUAUACUCGUAUAUAAAUAUAUAAAUAUAUAUACAUAUAGUAAGUGUUAAGUCAAAACACAAUUAUUAGGCACAUUCAACGAGCGCCGAUGGAUGCCAUCAAUUUUCCGUAUACGGACUGUCGUAAGCUUGUCAAGAAAUGCGGAGAAGGCGAUUCGGAGCAGGAUCGAUUUGCGUGGAUUCGAUUUGUAAUCGUGAUUUAAUAGCUUCUGAUCCGCAUCUGUGUUGCUUUAAAAGUGCGAAUAGCGAGCGCAAUUUGAGACAAACGUAUUGUUUAACAGGAGAGGAGAUAUAGAUAAAGAUAUUUUAUUCUUCUGAAAUAUCCGAAUCGCGUUUUUUGUGUAUAUCCUCCCGAGACCUAGCACUGUAUUCUCUUAGUGCGCGUCGCACGCAUAUCUAUAUCGCUUAAAAUAUAUAUAUAUAUAUAUAUAUAUAUAUAUAUAUAUAUAUAUAUAUAAUUUAGAAUCUCGAGAGUAGAAUCAUUUAGCAAAUUAACAUAAUUAUUUUUAUAGCAAGUAACAAGCAUAAUAUAUACUUUUCUUAUGACGGUUACGCGCUAAAACGCAUGUGUGUACGAUCUUAAUGUACUACAUAUGUUACAUGAUGUACAUAAAUACAAAUGUUUGAGCAACAAAAAUUAUUAUACAUUUUCUAGAUGCAUUUCAUCACACACGUUACAUGGUUUUGUGCACUAAAGAUAGAUAGGGAAAAAGAGAGAGAGGGGGAGGAGAGAGAUAGAGAGAAUAAAUAAAGUAUUACUUACGUCAAACUCACAUUCACAUAACUCUCGUAUGCGUAUUCUACAAAUUUUAAUAUGUCAAUUGCAAACGUGUUUAUUGCUAUCUGUUUAUUGUUGCCGAAAAAAAAAACAGUGGUUGUUCCAUAUACUGCAAACCGUACAUAUUUUUAUAAUAAACCAGCAAAAAUAAAUGAAAACAACUUGUUUGUUAACCAUAAAAAUGUGAUAUACGCGAUGCGCUGAGUCUCGGGAAGAUACUCAAUCAUCGAAUUCGCUUUAUGACUGGAUACACAAAUCAUUUGGCUAAAGUUUUUUUUGUUUUUUUUUUGCCAUUUGAUUAUGAAAAUGUGCGUGCGAUAACAUUACUAUAUCGAAGGUAACUUGGACACAAUAUAUCGAAAAAACAGAUUGUAUAUCCUUACAAUAAAGACCUAAGCGUUUUAUCUGUA